AUGACGACAUUCAAGGUGCGGCUACGUGUGCCACCAUCGACCAGCAGCGCCAGCGGUGCUGGUGGCGCAUCGAGGCAAGCAUCGACUGAUUCAGCUUCAGCAUCAACGAAGGAAGCAACGGCGUCUCCUCGUUCUUCUGAGCCUGGGCACGAUGCAGACAUGUCUGUUCGGAGUGAAAUGACAUACUCAUCGGAAGACGAACUUGCAGACGAAUCCAUGGCUCUGGACACAACCGCCGAUACGACAACCGAGUCACCACAUACAACUAAGGUCAAAAAAGCAACAAAGCAGCGACGCACUGCACCGCCGCCCGGUUCUAUAUCGGCUGUCGCUGCGACAUUAACGCUAGAAGAACUCGAUGCUUUGCCGUCUGCAAAACGGCGAAAGGGGCUCAAGACUCGUGGGGCUCCUGGACCAGGUCGUGGCUGGCGCAAGGGUUUGUCCAAGGGUCAGAAACCCGUGUAUCGCCUACCUGACAGUGGCAUGUCGACCGCGGAUCUUCCACAAAACCUUGCAGUGCAUCCAUCGACGCCGGCUACAUUUACGAAAAGCGCAUCGGCGUCAGGCGCUGGAGGUGGACGCUCUGGAGCUACAUCCACCACCAAUGCAUCGUCGUCGUCAUCAUCUGCCACAGCUGUUCCGUCCAAGCGGUCGAGACAAGGAACAACGAAUGCUUCCAACACGACCUCGCCCGCCACAUCAAGCUCCCUUGCUAGUAGCUCAAUCAAAGUCGCACAAAAUUCACCGGAUGCUGUGUUUCGGUAUCCUGCGAUUCCUACGUCGAAAGACCUACCCGACAUCUUGCCGCUGGCACGGAUUCCCAAUUUCAUUCCCGCAAUCGUGCCGUUAGAGCGGUCAUCUGGGACAAAAAAGCCUCGCGCAUGGCACCCCGGGACGCGCGAAAUUCUAAGUAUUGGUGGGCGUACUUGGCGUACUCCUGUAUGGCUUAGUGAAAAGCAAAAAGGCUUGUCUUCAUCCACUCCUGAUCAAGACACUGACUCGAUCACUGAUUCCCCAGCUCCAGACCCAAUCGCUCCAUCAACGAGCAUCACGGCUAGUGCUUCCCCUGAAGGCGCCGCAACGCCCUCGGUAUCCGCGUAA